CGGGCGAACUUGAAACGCGUGGGUUCGCGGCCUCUUUGCCACGCGGUGCAAAACCACCUCCGCGCCAAAACGCCGUCACGCUUCUUUCGACUGAUUCUCUGUGACUCGUGAAACUGUUCGUUUUCGCUCGGAACUCGACGCUCUUAUAGUACCGAUUCGUCGAUUCGUUUCUCGUGGAGUUUGCGAAGGAUGUUAUUUUUCACCAGGAUCUUAUUGCGCGCGGAUGUCAAAAACAAUUCCUUGAGAGUUGACGAAGACAAGAGUUGAAAGCCGCGCCCUUAUGCCUAUGUUAAUUUAUCCAUCAGUUUUCAAAGCAGAAGGUUUCUUGUUGCAUUGGUCUUACGUGUAUGUGGUUUGACAAUGAUGUUUGAAACUACCCUCGAUAAUCGUUCGGAUAGAAAUCGUCGACCGAGAGCGCUGUUUUAGGGAAGAGGACGCUGAUCCCUCUCGGAUCUCGGCGGUGGCGGUGAAGCUAUUGACUCGACAUACGAGUCUUCUCUGUUAUUGUAGACAGCAACAGUAGUUUUCAGUUGUUUUCUCCCCUUCCCGUAGUGGUAUUAUUUUGAUCGCGCCAACGCUGAAACUCGAUUCCCGCAAACUGCUGGACUUCCAACCGAGAAUUCGAUCGCAUUCCGUGAAACAGUAAGACAGUGGACAAAUAAAGUUUCCACGUGGGACGCUGUGUGCGACACACGCUACGGAAUAACAAGAAGAAUAAUGCCUGGUCGUAGUACGAGUCACGAUUCCGUCGAGCGAUAAGCGACAAGUUCAUGGAUGAACGCGCGAUGGACACAUGAAUCGAAGCCAUCAUGGGUGUGCUCCAAUUGAUCCCCCUGCUGCUGGCAUCGUCGCCCUACCUUGUUCAACCGAUCGAUGGUGCCAUUCGCGGCGAGAAACCGGCCAGCGAGGAGACUCGGAAUCAGAAUAAUGUCCUUUCUUCGGUAGCUGCACCUGUCAAGGAUGUCCUGGCGCAGACCGGCGGCAACGCUAUGCUACCCUGUAGAUUCACUGGCCCCGGAAUAGUAACUUGGAUCAGACGGAGGGAUAGGCAGCUGUUGACCGUGGGCAGAGACACCCACACGAUCGACAGGCGGUUCGUGGUUGUUCCAAACAGUCCCGACUGGACUCUACUGAUAAAGAAUAUUCAGCACGACGACGCUGGAGUCUACGAGUGUCAGAUUCAAACUGAGCCAGUUCAGCAACGAUUCAUUCGUCUGAGCAUCACCGAGGCGUACUCCAUGAUUCCCGGUGGACCGGAUCUUCACGUGAAACAGGGAUCCAGCCUUCGCCUGGAAUGCCAACUAAUGGCCUCCGCGGAAGCACCGAGCUUCAUUUUUUGGUACCGAGAGAAAAACAUGAUCAAUUAUGAUAAGGAGCCAGGGGUUAGGGUCGAGGCAACGAAAAACGGUUCCAUUCUGAUUGUCGACAAAGUGAAACUCUCCCACGGCGCUAAUUACACUUGCUUGCCGAGCAACGCCAAGCCAGCGUACAUCAUGAUACACGUGAUCGAAGAAGAGGAAAAACCGGCAGCCAUGCAUGGCGGCGAUCGACGAAACGGCACGCGCGGAACGUCCAUCAACGUCAUGUUGAUUUUUCUGACUUUUCUCGGUAUACAGUGCUCCAGCCGUCUUUAUCUGCAGCAGUACCACGUCACGUGACCAGUCCACCGGUCAACUUUAUCACCAAAUUAGUAACAUCCACGAGAAUUUGAACAUUUCUGACACCUUUCUCUUCUAUCUAGCUGUCACUCGUCUGACCCGUGUUUAUUUUCGCGGAGCGGCGUUGAAUAAUCAACGAUGCGCUUCGACGGAAGGCUGAAACCACACAUCACCGAUGUACAGAGGCACGCUGCCUUCGAAAAAUAUAUCGCAGAAGGAAGACAAAGAAGGUACCUCCUCUUUGAAUCGAUUCAAAAUCUAUCAAACGUACACAAAAUUGGAUUUCGCGUUAAAGAAUGGCGAUCGCUUUCUCUCACGAUAUAGACGUAAAUUGGCAUGCUCGUCGUUUGAAAUCUCUGGUUGUGCCACCGUGCCAGAGAUUUGUUUUCUGGAAACGUCUCUCUUGCGUAGUUCGGUCGCUGAGAUACGCGCGAAGUCAAACCGGUAAUUUUAUGCGCGCGUACACGGAAACUUGGUAGUUUAAUCUAAAACCGGAGAAACGACAGCUUGAAAUAACAAUAACGAGGAAACGUUAUCCGGUUUCGCGCGAAGACGGAUUCCCGUCUUUCGCGACACGGCCAAUUCAUAGCGAAGUUUCGAAACAGUUUCGAGUUUCGUAUCGCGGUUCGAGGAUACAUCAGAUUUCGUUGAGGCAAUUUGAGCUUCGACGGAGCACUCAACGCGCAAUUACGACAAAAGAGACUUUGGAAUGGAACUUUUCACGGCGGGGUUUCGAUCCUAAUGGCGAGACAAAAUUAAUUGAUCGCUCGAAGCUACUUCCCUGGCCGAGAUCCGCGUAAGAAACACAGGGCUGAAUUAAUUUGAGAGAAAUACGUUAACUCUAGCACUCCUAGACCCAUUCGCUAAAAAGGGUUACAAAUUAGAAGAAACGUCCUCGGUUCGACAACUGCUUUGGAAAAGGAAACAUAAAACGAAACCACCGAGUUACGAGACGACGAGAAAAUCAUUAUUUCUGUCCAAUUUAUUUCGUUCAGACUGAUGUACGCGCGAUACGAACGCAAAUUCCUUUGACGAUUACCUGAGAAUUACAAUAACGUUUAUCUCGCACAUCGCGCGGAAGCUUCCCCGUCGAAGAGUUUAUAAUUACCGUGAAAACUGAAGGAUUCAUUUUUCUCACGAAGAUACUAGGAAACUAAUUUUGUUUAAUGCGUAAGAGAAAAUUAGUUUGCUCGCGACUGUUCCAGAUGCAGGCAACGUUUUUACUUCAAUGUAAGAUAGUAACCUGAUGUUUGCUGUCAGGGACGGCUUUCCGUUCGUACUCAUUAGCGCAAGGAACGUUUAAUUAAACGCGCUGCAGUGUACGAGCGAGCUCGAGGCGCCACAAAUUUCUUUAGCAAUUAAGAGAAAAACGCGAAACAUUUUAUCGAAGCGAAUCCACCGACGCGGCGAGCGUUACGCGUUCGUGCUUUCUCCGGUUUCAUGUUUUUCCUCGCACAAAUAACCCGGAUGCCGUGUAUUGCGAGACAUCGAAUGGCAAGGUCCCACAUUCAUUCAUAGAAAAUACUG